AUGACGGCAGAUACAAUAUCAUCAACAACAAUACUCAGAUUAGAAAAUACAAAUUUAAAUCUUAAUUGUGCUGUUGAAUUUGAAGAUAAUGGUGCACUUUUUCUUGAAGCAGAGCAAGGUCUCUAUUAUUGCUUCUCAUCAACAAGUCCAGUUGUAACAGUUAUACGUGGAAUUGUUAAAGUCAAACAAUCUGCCAGAAAUGAGUUUCAAUGUUCAGUCAACGGUUGGACAUAUCAUGUACCAAAAAAUGAAGGAUUAUUUAGCGAGAUCGAAGAAAUUCGAGUAACAAGUAACAUUGGCAGUAAUAUCAUUGAAAAUUAUGUAUUUAGUAAUGAAUUUCCGUCGUUGAAAAAUUUAAAACUCGAUUUAGCUGUUAAAAUUAUCUCAAUUGAGCCAUAUGCUUUUGCUAAUUUAACAAAUCUUGAAUAUAUAGAAAUCAAUUCGGCAUUGGUUUUACUAGAUGUUGACAGUUUCAAAAGAAUUCCAAAAUUAAAAUCACUCAAGUUACAGAUAAUUAAUUCAACAACAGCUAAUCUCAUUGCCGUAUUAAAAAACCAUCCAAGUUUAACAAAUUUAGAACUUUUAAAUCAUUACAGUGGAGAUAUUUGUAAUUAUCAAAAUAACGAUAAUCCAUUACAAUUAUUAAAACUUCAAUAUACUGGCGGUCAUUUGAAAGCAUUAUCAAACAGGUGUUUUAAAUGUUUAGAAUAUCUCACCGAAUUAAUAAUCACAAACAGUAAUCUAACUACACUCCAACCAGGAAUAUUCGCUGGUCUUGAUAAUCUAAUCACAGUAUCACUGAACUCCUUAUGGGGUUUAAAAAAUGAGACUAUCGUGUUUUUUGAUUCAAGACCAGAUGACGUUAUAUUGAAUCCAAAAGAAAAAGGUGAUUUAUCAUCUAUUGAAUAUCAAAAUAAUUACACACACUGUUACCCAAGUGAAUAUAGUUUUUUCAAAAUUUGUAAAACAUCAAAUCUAACAUCAUUGUCGUUAGUUAUGCCAAUCGUUCCCGUUCAAUGGCAACCAAAUAUUUUAAAAAUAAAUGACAACGAAAUAUCGUCAAUUGAAGAAAAUACAUUUAUCAAUAUAACGAUAAAAACGUUAAUAAUUACUUCAACAGCAAAAAGUUUUAAAAUUACUGAAAAAUCCUUUGAAGGAUUAUCAAAUCUCGAAUUUUUGGAACUCAAGACUGAAGCGAUUGAAUUUAAUACAUAUUUUUUGGAUCAUUUGAAAUCAUUGAUAACAUUCGAAAUUCCAGCAACUGAUGCAGAGAGAUGUGAUGUUUAUAUCUGUGAGUUAGUAAGACAUUCAAAUAUAAAGAAUUUAUUAGUUUCUGAUGCUGAAAGAAUGGCUAUUUGUGAUAAAGAUAUAUGUAUGGAUCGAAAUACUAAAACUUUAAGUCUUCAUUACACACAUGGAUGGUUUACAAGUAUAGAACGAGGUAAUUUUAUUUGUUUGCCAAAUCUUGAAAAUCUUGGUAUAUCAAGUAGCACCCUCGAAGAAAUUAAACCUGGAUCAUUUGCUGGACUUGAUGAACUCACUAGCUUGAUAUUGUCGUCAAAUGAAUUGACACAAAUUCAUCAAAAUACUUUUGAGGACUUACCAAAUUUGUAUAUACUUAUACUCAGUGAUAAUAAAAUUAACAAUAUUGUUAAUGGAGCAUUCAGAGGAAAAAUAUUAUCAAUGCUAGAUUUGAGUUACAACAAGUUGACAUCUGUAAGCAAAGAUUUAUUUGUUGAUGUGAUAAUUAGACAACUGGAUUUAUCGAACAAUGAAUUGAAAACAAUUGAAAUUGGUGCAUUUAAAACUUUGAAUUUUGAAACAUUAAAUGUCGAUAAUAAUGAUGAACUUGAAGGUAAUAUUAGAAUUUGGAGUGCGGAUGAAGAUCGAAUUCCGGCAAAUUGUUUUACUAAAGCAUCUUUUAAGAUUUGUAAAAAAUUGAAUUCACUAUUAUCUGUCAACGCAGUUAUAGAAAAAUAUGAAGGUAUGAUGUUUUUACCGGAUUUUUCAUUACCAAGUAAAAAACUUGAAUUAUUUGAAAAUUUAAUAUUGAAUGUUGGAGCCAUCAAACUCAAGAAAAAUUUAUUUGUACAACUACAAUCUCUGAGAUAUCUGAAAAUCGAAGUUAUCGAAACUAGUUUUUAUCUCAGUCAAGUACUGACAGAUCUUAAGAAUUUGAAAACCCUCGAAAUCGUUGGUAAUCACUCUGUUGGCAUUUGUCAAAACUCAUUCUCAAAAGAUAUACCAAAUACAAUAAUCGACAUUCGUUAUACAACAGGUACAAUUGAUAGACUACAAGAAAAUUCAUUAAUUUGUUUGCCACAAAUUGAAGUAUUAACAAUAACCAAAUCACAGUUGUCGACAAUUGAAGCUGGUGCAUUUAAUUUACUGAAUAAUCUCCGAUACAUAAACUUGUCAUUUAAUACAAUAACUCUUGUUUCAAUAAAUGUAUUUAAUAGUCUCAAGAGUCUCGCUGUGCUUUUAUUAAAUAACAAUGAAAUUGAAGAAAUCGACGACAAAGCAUUCAUGUUAUUUGAUAAUAAAAAUUUUGUUUUGUAUAAUUUGAGUUACAAUGAACUUACAACUAUCGAAAAGGAUACUUUUGACGGUAUAAAAUCCGGUCAAUUAGAUUUGACACACAACAAAAUUCGUUCUAUUGAAGCUGGUGCAUUCACCGAUUCUAACAUUAAAGAUUUAUAUAUAUUUGGUAAUCCUGAUAUACAUGAAGUUAAAAAAGCCUGGAAUAUAUCUAUAUCUACUAUUGUCUAUACUAAAACACGUAUUUGUGAAGCAUUCAACGAAUCCAACAAUCUUGUUCAGUGUCACAACGAAUUUCAUGAAUAUGAGUUUCAAUGUUCAGUCAACGGAUGGACAUAUCAUGCACCAAAAAAUGUAAGAUUAUUAAGCGAGAUUGAAGAAAUUCGAGUAACAAGUGACAUUGGCAGUAAUAUCAUUGAAAAUUAUGUAUUUAGUGAUGAAUUUCGAUCAUUGAUAAUUUUAAUACUUGAUUUACCUGUUAAAAAUAUCUCAAUUGAGCCAUAUGCUUUUGCUAAUUUAACAAAUCUUGAAUAUAUAGAAAUCAAUUCGGCAUUGGUUUUACUAGAUGUUGACAGUUUCAAGAGAAUGCCAAAAUUAAAAUCACUCAAGUUACAAAUAGUUAAUUCAACAACAGCUAAUCUCAUUGCCGUAUUGAAAAACCAUCCAAGUUUGACAAAUUUAGAACUUUUAAAUCCUUAUACCGUAGAUAUUUGUAAUUAUCAGAAUAACAAUAUUCCAUUACAAUUAUUAAAACUUCAAUAUACUGGCGGAUUAUCAAAUCUUGAAUUUUUAGAACUUAAAACUGUACCAAUAAAAUUUGAUACAUACUUUUUGGAUCAUCUAAAAUCAUUAGUAACAUUUGAAAUUCCAGCAAUUGAUACUAAGAGAUGUAAUAUUUCUAUUUGUAAAUUGGUCAGACGUUCAAAUAUAAAAAAUUUAUUAAUUUCUGAUGCUGAAAGAGUAGCUAUUUGUGAUACGGAUUUAUGUAUGGAUCGUAAUACUAAAAUCUCAAGUCUCUGUUCUAUACAUGGAUGGUUCACAAGUUUGCAUCAAGAUGAUUUCGUUUGCUUGAAAAGGCUUGAAUAUCUGGGUAUAAAAAGCAGUGAUCUCGAAAAUAUUGAACCUGGGUCAUUUAGUCGACUUAAUAAACUUACUAGUUUAGUAUUAUCAUCAAAUAAAUUGACACAAAUUGAUCAGAAUAUUUUUGAGAACUUAACGAAUCUAAAUUCACUCGUACUCAGUGAUAAUAAAAUGAACAAUAUUGUUAAUGGGGCGUUUAGAGGAAAAACAUUAUCAGUGCUAGAUUUAAGUUACAACACGCUGACAUCUAUAAGCAAAAAUUUAUUUGUUGAUGUUAUGAUUAAACAACUGGAUUUAUCAAAUAAUAAAUUAAUAACAAUUGAAAUUGGUGCAUUCAAAACUUUGAACUUUGAAACAUUAAAUGUAGAUAAUAAUGAUGAACUUGAAGGAAAUAUUAAAAUUUGA